CUAAUCCAUUUUGAAAACAUCGGUGCACCAACAAAUACGACAGAGGACAUAAGUGUCAUUACAGACAAAGUCGUGUCUUUUUCUAGUCAUUUUAAAUCCCCAACCCCAUUACCUUCACUCACUCACACCUACACUCUAUGCUCCCUGCAUACCUUCCCUCUGUCUGCAAACUUCACUUCAAUUUUUCGCUCUAGAAAAAACCCGAAAAUGAGCGCCCGAACCGGAUCACACCAGCUGAGUAAUGGACUCUACGUGUCGGGUAGACCCGAAGAGCAGCUCAAGGAACGCCAGCCGACAAUGGCUUCACGCGCCGUCCCUUACACCGGCGGCGACGUCAAGAAAUCCGGCGAGCUAGGAAAAAUGUACGGUGUUGGGGUUUCAAGUGGAGAUCAACUAGGUCCACCUAAGCCCCCUUCCCGCUCCGGAUCCCAGCAUAAUAGCGGAUCUGCCAGAUCCGGCCUGAAGCCCAACUCCGGGCCUAUGAACAAGAAAUCAUCGUCUUCCUCGUUUUCUGGGCCUAUGACCCCAAUUCAGCCGACAGGCCUUAUAACAUCCGGUCCACAGGGAUCGGCCAGCUCUAACCGUCGCUCCGGCCAGCUUGACGCGCCGUCCAGGCAUACCUCAUUCAACAAAGUUCUGCACGGUUCAGCAGUGACAAACUUGGGGGAUAAGGUGAAAUUGGGGUUCAGGGUUUCCAGGGUGGCAAUGUGGGUGAUGUUGGUUGUGGUGGUCUUGGACUUGGUGGCAGCGGCGUUCCUUAUGGCCACGGUAAAAAAGCCAAUGAUUUUGGUGGGUGUGGGAGCAGUUUUUGUCCCCGCUGUGGUGAUUCUGAUAUGGAAUUACGUGUAUAUAAAGAGUGGGGUUUUAGGGUUUUUGAGGAAAUACCCUGAUGCUGAGCUGAGAGAGGCUAUAGAUGGACAGUACGUCAAGGUCACGGGGGUCGUCACUUGUGGUAGUAUACCUCUUGAGUCUUCGUUUCAGAGGGAACCGAGAUGUGUAUAUGUUUCCACAGAAUUGUAUGAAUACAGAGGAUGUGGCGGAAAACCAGAAAAUGCUAAGCAGCGCCUCUUUUCUUGGGGAUGCAGGCACUCAGAGAACUAUGUUGCGGACUUCUAUAUAUCAGACUUUCAGUCCGGUUUAAGAGCUUUAGUAAAAGCAGGCUAUGGUGCUAAAGUUACUCCAUUUGUCAAACCAACCACGGUGGUCAACAUAACGAAGGAUAAGAAAGAGAUGUCUCCAAACUUUCUAAGCUGGUUGGCUGAUCGAGGUUUGUCAAGUGAAAACUCUAUAAUGCGCUUUAAAGAAGGUUAUAUCAAAGAAGGAAGUACCAUUAGUGUGAUUGGUGUUGUCCGGCGCCAUGAUAAUUUGAUUAUGAUUGUCCCCCCAUCAGAACUCAUGUCAACUGGCUGUCGCUGGUCCUGUUGCUUACUGCCUACUUAUAUUGAAGGCCUUAUUUUGACAUGUGAGGAAAAUCAGAAUGGUGAUGCAAUUCCUGUAUAGGAACAUGAACGUUAACAUUGGAUUGCAAGUCACAAGUAGAUGAUGAAAUGGUGGGGUAGAUGGAAGAAGGAUCAUUGCGAGACUGUAGAUGGCCAAGGCGAUGAAAAAAGCGUAAGGCGAUGAAACACUCAUAUUUGACAGCACUCGUUUCGAUACACACCGGCCACUGAUAUUUGAAGGGGUAAAAGGAAUAUCUGGAGCCAGUUACGUUCUUGAUUUUUCUGCUGCAGCUAUCAUAUGUGCAUAAAGUAAUUAUGGUGCCCGUUUCUCUUCUAAUCUAUAUGAAUCAACGAUCAUUUUCGGUC